AUGUCGUCUAGUAGCAGCACACAGUAUGGGGGCCCCACAGGGCCCAUUGACCCUGCGCCUCCACGAGGUACUGAGCUGCUUAUGGGGCCCCCUGCUGCUGCAGCACAGCAGCAGGAGAGGAGCCAUCAGCAGAUUGGUGCAUGCCCAUUACCUACAGGGGGGCCCCAGGGUGCUGCUUCUGCAGCACAGCAACAGGAAAGGAGUAGCCAGCAGAGUGAUGCAUGCACAGGGGCCCCAGGGGGCCCCCAGGGGGCCCCACUAAGAGGAGGGUACCAUAGGGACGUCCGUCUACCCUUAAGGCCAGUAGAGAAUUUGCAGCUUAAUAGAAAACAUAAACAUAGAGAGGCACAGCAGCAGCCAUUUAAGCACAAGCAGCAGCAGCAGCAGCAGCAGCAAGGAGGGCAGCAUGAGGAAAGGACAAAGGGAUUGGAUCUCAAGAAGCAGCAGCAGCAGCAGCAACAGCAGCAGCAGCAGCAGCACGAAGCUAAUGGUACACGGGUAAAACGCAAACAACAUGGAUUAACGGGGAGAGCAGCAGCUGCUGCAACAGGUGCAGCAGCAGGGGAAGCAACAGCAACAACAGCAGCACCACCACCACCGCCACCACCAACAGCAGCACAAACAGCAGCACAAACAGCAGCACAAACAGCAGCAGCAGCAGCAGCAGCAGCAGCAGGUUCUUCAAAGGGUGCCUUAGUUCCCUUAUCUAAUACAAAGAAGCCCCGUCGCCGUCCCUUCGUUACUGCUGCUGCUGCUGCUGCUGCUCAGGGUACAGGACGGGGCCCUUCCUUCCGCAUCAAUCUCUCAAUGUACGGACAACAGGGGGGCCCCCCUAAUGGAGACCCCACUCAGGGGCCCCCUCCUAAUGGGGGGCCCCCCACUGGGGGCCCCCACGAAGAAGGGGGCUAUGAUACCCAAUUGAGCACUGGCGAAGCAGGAGAAGAAGGACCUCCUGCAUCAGCAGCAACAGCAGCAGCAACAGCAGCAGAAGCAACAGCAGCAGAUGCAGCAGAUGCAGCAGAUGCAGAAGAAGACAUAGAAAUUGAGACGGACUCAGAAUCAGCAGCAGCAGCAGCAGCAGCAGCAGCAGAUGCAGCAGGAGGAGAAAUAGUACCUGUUGCAGCAGCACGAGCAGCAGAUCCUGUAGCUAAUCUUCCUGCUGCUCGUAUAUCGAUGCGUCCAGCAGCAGCAGCAGCAGCAGCAGGAGCAGCAGCAGCAGGAGGAGGAACAGAAGCAGCAGCAGCAACAAUAGACCCAUCAUUAGAGAGCUCAUGUUAUAGCUUAUCAAGAGGAGUACAGAAAGAAGCAGCAAGAGCAACAGGAGCAGCAGGAGGAGGAGAAGGAAGAAGAGAACCAUUAGUAGUAUUAGUAAAAGAUGAUGAAGAAAUAUGGAGAGAAUGGGAGGGUUUACGCCUAUUAGGGGAAGGGGUUUAUGGUGUAUGUUUACGUAUUGCUUAUUCAUUAUUACGGGGUGUAUAUGCAGCUCAUAAGAAAAGGAUAAUACAUAGGGAUAUUAAGCCAGAUAAUAUCUUGCUGCAAUGGGUAGAGGUGCCUAUACACCCCAAUUAUAUUCAUAAUAAUAAUACUGAUGCUGCUGCUGCUAAUGCUGCUGCAGCAGCAGCAGCAGCAGCAGCUAAUGCUGCUAAAGAAUUCAGCAGGAAAUUACAGUUUGGUACUGUAGAGAAAAAAGAUGAUACAGAACAGCAGCAACAGCAGCAGCAGCAACAGCAGCAGCAGCAAGUGCAGCAGCAGCAAGUGCAGCAGCAGCAGCAGGAGGAGAGUGAUGAUGAAGAAGAUGAUACAUCAGGAGAAGAAGAAGAAGAAAAAGAAAAAGAAGAAAAAAUAAAUAAAAAUAAAAAAGAAUAUAUAAAUAAAGAAUAUAUAAAUAAGGAUAAUAAAAAGAAUAAUAAUAAUAAUAAUAAUAAUAAUAAUAAUAUUAAUAAAGAAGAGGAAGAAGAAGAGGAAGAAGAAGAGGAAGAAGAAGAAGAGGAAGGAGAAGAAGAAGAGGAAGAAGAAGAAGAGGAAGAAGAAGAGGAGGAAGGAGAAGAAGAAGAGGAAGAAGAAGAAAGUAGUACAAGGACUCUUCCUUUCUUUACUAAAUAUGAUUGUAUUAAUCAGCAGCAGCAGCAGCAGCAGCAGCAGCAGCAAGAGCAGCAGCAGCAAGAGAGGGAUGGGUAUGGGUGCAGCAGCAGCAGCAGCAGCAGCAGGAGUAGCAGCAAUACACCUAUUGGUAUAGAAGAGAAAGGAUCACCAAAUAAUUCUCCAUCUGCAGCAGCAGCAGAUGGAUCCCCAUCAACAGCAGCAGAUAACAGCAGCAGCAGCAGCAACAGCAACAGCAGCAGCAGCAGCAGCAGCAGCAACGAAGGAGGUAUAAAUUUAUCACCAGAAAUAAUAACAUUAAAUUAUAGACCUCUAGAGGUAUUAUUAGGAAGUAAUCAUUAUACUCUUGCUGUUGAUAUAUGGAGUGUAGGUUGUGUAAUAAUGGAGUGUCUAAUAGGUAGUGAAUUAAUAGAAGGAUCUUGUGAGGUCUCUUGUAUCUUUCGUAUAUUACAAACCUUUGGUACUCCUACACAACAAGAAUGGCCAGAUAUCUACUCUCUACCCUUUAUGAGCCCUUUAUUACCUGUAUUCCCUAAACCCCCGUUAGCUAUUGAACAAAUCCUCGCAGACAAAGGAAGAAUUGAUGCCCUCAGUAACCCUGCAUGGGUCGAUCUCCUUAACCAGUUGCUGCAAGUAAACCCUGAUCGUCGCAUAAGUGCAGCAGACGCCCUUCGUAUGCCUCUCUUUAAGGAUUUACCUCCUUCUGCAUAUUUAUAA